CCCUUAGGUGAUUGCUCCAUUUAGAAUCCAGACACGGCAACUACGUCGGGUUUAUUUCAAUAAUUACAACAAGGUCCUUUGAUGUCCCUAAGGUCUUCGUCUCCAACGCCCUCCCAAAAGACUGCUGCUUUAAAAACCGCAGGACUCACCCACCAUAACGGGAGAACCAUAGCGGCUCUGAAACAUCAGCCGGGACAACACCCAAUACACGUCAAAACUCGGCUACGCCGCCUCCAAUCGACGAAGACCCGGAGCGGCCAACCAAUCCAUCCACCACAAACCAUGCCCGAGGAGAGAAGCCAUCUGGAUGAAACUGGCACCCCGCGUUUUGGAGAACACCUGCACAGAAAACACGUAAGACAGAUCGCGACCUUAACGAUAUCCCUCAAAGCUCCCUAACGGUUCCCUGCACGAGAAGAGCAGCCAUCUGGUCGAAACUGGCACCACUGCGUUUCAGUGAAGACGUGCACACAAAACAUUAAGACAGCCCACGACCUUGAUAAUAUCCCGCAACCUCCCUGAUGGUGCCCUUCUCGAGCAGAGCAUCCAUCUAGUCGAAACUGGCACCACCACGUUUCGGAGAACACCUGCACACCAAACACUAUAAGACAACGCACGACCUCGAGGAUAUCCGACAAGAUCCCUAACGGCGUCGUACCAGCCCCACCAGACGGUGGACGAAACUCAUGAGACUUUAUUGAGACGUGAUGCCGCCGCCAUGAUCUCAACAGCAUCCCCUGCACGAACUUCUACAUACACCCUCAAUGGUUGUGUGCACACAACGAUACAAAGUUCGGGGAUGAUUAACCUUCGCCUAUGUAGCUCCCCUCCGCCUGACGGCCACCGGAGGAGUAGGGGAGGGCGAGGUCGCCGGUGGAAAUCCCUCUCAUGAUACCUCCCCUUUCGCCUUUAAAGUAGUGGAGAAACAAGGAGAGGCUCGCGAUUACAGUAGAGUGAUUGUUGUCGAUCUGGUCCUGUUCUUCCGGCUAACAGCAUGGGCAGUGCUUUUUGAUAAAAGACGGGUUUAUUAACUCAAAAUAUAGCAUCAAGCAUAUACAACACAUCAUGAGCCACAUCUGCCUCUACUUAAUUAGGAUGCACACAGCCAAAAGAAACAAGUCCAAUUAUAAAAUAGUAAGUCGACAUAAUGGUAUCAGCAAAACCAGACAAGACCGGCCAUAUUCCUACACUGAAGGAUGAGGUGGACCGAGCGCCAGUGCGUACAUGGGCAACGUAUGUGAAUGUUUGUAGAAGUUGAUUUCACGGAUCGUAGGUUGACUGUCAUUUCUGGCCAAAGAAAUACCUAAUAUAUUUUGUACAAUCAGCUUGAAUAUUUAGACAUAAUAUCCUCUGUCUAGAACCUAGCUCACAGCUAAAUAUAUUAGUUUGCAUACAACAUAUUAUGUGGUAGUAAAUACAUGCUAGCAGCCCCUUGCGGUGUAUAUUCAUUUUUUUCUUCUAAAUUAUGCUAUUUGCUGAUGAUAUGAUCACGACUAUCCACUAUUCUCCUUCAAAAAUAAUGGGUUACAUGAUGUUCUCGUUAUGCAACUACUCUUAUUGGAUAAAAGCUAUUUAAUUGAUUUAUCUAUUUAUCAAAAUUUUAGGCUUCUAAAAUACUGCUAACUAUUAUUCUGCAAUGGUAUUGUAUGAUAGCCAAAUCUAUUGAUGAUGCCAUGCAGCUUUCACAUAGCUAUGGGUUUCAGCAGAGGGAUUUUGGACAUACUGUUAUUCUUUUUGUUUUAAGCAUUAUCAGAAUAUUGACUGAUUGUAUUUUGGAAGAUUGGGGCACUCCAAGUAUCUCUAAUAAGGAACAUGACAAUAUUUGUGCCAUUGGAGUAAACACGCAUAGGGAUUUAGAUGGCAAGGGGAGUCCGCUUGACAUGAGAGAUAAGCACCGUGAACAACUAUGGAGGAAGAAUAAACUCAUGACUUUAGAAGUUGUUGAGCAGAUCACUGCUAACAAAAAUGCCCAAGUAUUUCUUCGGCUUGUCUAUCUUAACACGUAUGCAGAAGUAUCUUAUUUCUUAAUUUUUUUAUUUUCAUGCAAAUUCUAUCGAUUAGAAGUUUGUAUAUCUCCAACUGCAUACUCCCUACGUAAAAAUAUAAAUUUCAGUGAUUCUUCUCAAUAUAGAUAUGUUUUAGUUGGAAUUUUAGAACUUGUGACCUAAACAAACCUUGGAGUAUAAUUUGACCUUUUUAGCAUGAUAUUAGAUGGUUACUCUAUGCCAAAACAUUUUUUCUUUGAGUUGACUCGGUCUUGCAAUCAUGCUAUGUCGUUUCCAAUCUGACAAAAUUUCAGCUUGCCUGAUGUCAGCAUUAAUUCUACUCCUUCUUUCACAUAUCUUUCUUAAAAUAGGAAAUGUUUUCAUCACAUAUAAGUAGCUUCAUAAGCAAAUGCAAAUCUAUAUGAUCUUUCUUAUGUUUUAGGAUCUAAACACGUAUUAAUAGCCUGUGACGCAUAGUUUUGCUGAAUUUUAACAGACGUAAUGAGUAUGUUGUGGUUUAAUUUAAUAACUUUGCAAAUCCUUUUUAAGGUUUCAGAUUAUUUGGAGAACACUUUUCCAUAUUAUGUAAUUGAUAUUUAAGUGUUUCAUCUAUUUGUGUUUUAUGCUGAUGGAAAACAUUGUUUCCUUUUUGGCUCGGCUAGGGUAGACCUGAAAAUUUCAAAAGUUUGCUUCAGAGAGUUCAACUUACUGUUGCCCUUAAAUCAAAGAAUUUUGCAUCCGCAAAUACUCUGCUAGAUAACUUGAUGAUACAUAUACAGAAGGUUAGAAGCACAUGUUAUCAGUUAGGCAGGAGUAAGCUAUUGAGAGUUAUUGUUAGUACACGACCUUUCAGUUCAACAACAUGCAAUAUGUUUGGAGCUGGAAAGGGCUCUUGUUGGAUUCCUUUUGACUUGUUUAUGGAGAGUGCAAUGGAUGGUAGACAUCUUCGUGCCAUAUCAUCGAUCGAAGCUCUAACAGAACUCUCCAAGAUGCUCCAAGCGAUUACUCGGGCUACCUGGCAAGAGACCUUUCAAGCUUUGUGGAUUUCAGCUUUGCGGCUUAUACAUCGAGACCCAAGCACUCUGGAAGGACCGCUUCCUCAUCUUGAUUCUCGAUUAUGCAUGUUGUUAGCUAUUGUUCCUUUGGCUAUUGCUCCCAUUUUGAAGGAAUAUGCUAACAAUGUCGAGCCGGGAGUGGCCUCUAUUAGAAUAGAAGAAUUAAUGUCUUCUCUACAAGUUCUGGGGCAAUUUUUUGGACUUCUUUCACCCCCUCCAGCAACUGUACAUGCAACAAAUAUUGCAGCUACGAAAGCAGCGAUUGCUGUAUAUAGUUUGAAGGCUGGGAGUGAGAACAUUCACAAUUCUUUGAAAGAUAGUUUCUCUGUUAAAUUGGGAAUAUGUUACAUCUGUUUGUGGAAGCCUGUAUAGCAAGAAAUUUAGUCGAUACAUCCAUUUAUUUAUGUCCGGGCUAUGUUGUUCAUGUUAAAGACUUCUCUCCUGUCCAUCAGUCCCCUUGGUGAGCCUUGAUGGAAGGGUCUCCGCUGAUGGGUCUUAAGGAUGACCUUAUGGUUACACCUGCUUCAAGUGUACCAGAGUUGGAGAAAUUGCAUUUUUUCGCAGUAAAUGGAUCAGAAGUGGAAAAGUUGGCGGCUUCAAAGAUUCUAUGCGGGGCAUCCUUUCUUCGUGGGUGGAACAUUCAAGAACAUGUUGUCCAAAUUGUGCUUGAGCUGCUAUCAACAUUGCUUUCCCAAGAUUCUGGAUCAGAUGGCUAUACUACUCAUCACAUGACUAUAUUGCUUUCUCUCUUAUCUGGGAUUUCUUCCAUUGACACUGUUCAUAUUCUCUCAAUCUAUGGAUUGGUACCAGAACUAGCUGCCAUAUUGAUGCCUCUCUGUGAAAUAUUUGGAUCCUUACCUAAAUCUGACCAUCGGAGUUUCAAUUUCGAAGAUGCUUCUGCGUACUCUAUAUUUUCAAGUGCUUUCUUGCUCCUUCUUCGCUUGUGGAAAUUUCAUAGGCCACCUAUCGAGAAUGCUCUAUCAGGAAAUGGAGUCUCUUCUUGCCAGCUCAAUUUAGACCAUCUUUUGCUAUUACGCAAUAGUCGUCUUGCUUUGAAAAAUCCAUCUAAUGGUUGUACAGUGAGCACACUUCAGUUAGAUCCAUCAUUUAAAAAACCUGUCUACAUUGAUUCACUUCCUAAGCUAAGGGCAUGGUAUUUCCAGAAUCAGGCUUGCAUAUCCUCUACUAUUUCUAGUGCUUACGAGAGGAAGAGCAUCCCCCGACUUGCAAACAAGAUACUUGGAAUUGUAUGUCGGAAAAUGGCAAAAGGUUGUAACCCACUUGUCAAUCUACAAGCAACAUCAAAUUCAAGUAUGAGUGGCUCACCUUUAGGUGCACAAGAAGAUGGUUCUGAAGGGCCACCUGUUACUCCAUGGGAAGUUCUGGAAGUUGUUCCCUUUGUACUUGAGACUGUCUUAAUGGCAUGUGCACAUGAGAGGUUUUCAUCUCGUGAUUUGAUUACAGGUUAUAUUCUUUUUAGGCUUAUUUAUAAUAAUAACUUUAGUUUCCCAUUUUUUCCCUUUAAGCUAUUGUUCAAUACAACAAUAACUUCUUCUUUAUUUGGAAAAAAUAUAAAUCUCUCCAAUUUGGAUAAUUAAACCUUCUGUCCAUGCAUAAUUCAAGAUAUUUGCCAUGGUCAAUGAUUGAUUUAAUUCCUUAUGAAAAACAAAAUAGAAGCUUUUUUGUUUAAUCUCAGCAUUUCAACUUACUUACCAGCCAAGUAUUUGCAUAAGUCUCAAAUUUUAAUUUUUAAAUUGCUCAUUUUAUUCAAUACUUAUUAUAAGGGUAAAGUAAGUUUAAAAAUCCUAUUUUAUGAAUAUUCAUGCAAAAUCCUAAAUUCUAGAUUAUUAACCAAUAAACACAUAUAACUUGGCAUUAGGCUUCUCUUUGUGUGUCUCCGAAACAAACCAUAUUAGUCAAGUUAUAAUCUCCGAUGACUUUUUGACUAAUGUAUAUUCACAAUAUAGAAUAUCAAGAUAAUCUUAGAACUUUCUAGCAAUUUCCCCUUUACCCAUUGGCCACCUAAUCUUUUUGAUACGACAUAAUCUCCUAAUGGUGGUCUUGCCAUGUAGGAUGGCAUUGUAAGCUGGUUUUGUCACAUUAGAGCAACUAAAAGAUGUUGCGGAUGAUGAGUCAAAAAGAAGAAAAACUUGGUUGGGUUUGGAAAAUAGGAGAGUUUGCAAAUUGUCAUGCGAUAGAUGUUAAUUUUUUCCGUCCAACUAUAUAUGUGGAAUUGGGUGAUGUGUAUAGAAUAUUUUGCAUCAUGGCGGAAUUCGGCCAUCUGAUACAUUCUGUGGCAAAACUACCUUCCAAACCAGUACUUGUUGGCUUUUGGAAAGUUUAGGAGGUUAAGUUGACGUUUGCUCUAGUUUGGAGAGUGGAGGGGGUCAAGUAGGCUUUUUCUCACAAGGUUUAGGGGGUUAUAUGGACCUUUCAGAUUUAUAUUAUGAUCUUGUAGAAGAAUAAUUCAUUUCCCAAGCUCCAAUUAUGUGUAGUUACUUUUUUUAUGAUCAUUCGAAAAGCUGCCAAAGGUAUUUUGAAGUAUACAUUUACCCCUGCAUAUUUACUAUCACAUACCAUCAGUCUUAAUUGCAGGUCUGAGAGACCUUGUUGAUUUCCUACCUGCUUCACUUGCUGCUAUUGUAAGUUUCUUUUCAGUAGAAAUUACACGUGGCAUAUGGAAGCCAGUUAUAUUGAACGGUACUGACUGGCCCAGUCCAGCAGCAACUAUUCUAGCAGUUGAGUCUGACAUAAAAGAAGUUCUUGCAUCUGUUGGUGUUCAUAUCAACAUGUCUCCACAACCACGUAUGCCCUUUCUCCGUCUCUUUAUGCAAAUGGUUUUGUUCUAUUUCCUACGGAGAGACUACUUUCAUUUCAAAUUUUCAUGUUUGAUGUCUAUUAACUUAUUUACCCUUAAUGAUUCAUUUUUUUCUAGAUUGAUGCCUCGUUAUUUCCAUUUUUCAUGUCAAACUCAAGUUACACAUGACGUCAUGAAUGUUGCUCAAUAUUGUGGUUUUACCCACUUAUCCUUAAUGCGCAAUUUUAGGAGCCAAAUCUGAAACAUGUAUACAUUAAACGACCGCCUUAAACUAAUAUUACUUACCUACCUGAUAGUAUCUGGUCACAAAAUUGUGUACAAUGACCAAUCAUUACUCGGAACAUCAAUUUCUUAAGAUUCACAUAACAUUUUAAGAUGACAUAUCACUAGUGUUAGCAUUUAAUUGUUUUAUAGUGGAACCUUUGGAAGUCAUAAAAUAUAAGGAUUCAAAUAAAUAAAUAAAGAACUCGAUCAAUACCAUUCAGGUGUGUUGUCGAACUCGAGGAGAUAUUAUCAGACAAGGUUUGGGCACCGUUGUUGGUUAUUGAAAGCGAGAACUCUUCUUUAAUUAGAACUCCCAUUGUUAUCUCCACCUCAAUCGUUCCUUUCACGCAAUAUUUAAUCUGUUUGA